CGGUGCCUAACCGAUGAAGAAGCUGAGGGUCAGAUACACUAAAUGAUUUCCUCAUGUCACUAGUGGGUGGUGGAGUCAAGAUUCCAGUUGGAGCCAUUAGAUGCCAGAGCCCUUCCUCUUAAUAAACUGAGAGAAUAUUUUGGUGAAGAUGUUUCAUAGACUCAACAACUGUUGAGGCUGAACCAAAUCUGCAAAAAAAGAAAAGAUGUGGAGUGGGCUGCUACCUCCUGGCCUAAAUGAAAGUGAUGUUGAGUCAAACUCUGAAGAUGAAGCCAUAGUAGAGAACUCUGGAUUUAACUUACAGGAAGAUAAAGAAGAUCAGGCCACUAGAAAAUUAGAAAUCUCAGAGUUCCCUACAAAUGGACAAAAAACUGAAACAGAGGCAAAUGUAAAUGCAUAUGAAGAGUGUCCAUCUGGAAUUUCAUUAAAUAUGUGGAAUAAAUUUCAAGAAUUGCAUAAAAAACAUUCAGAACAGAAAAACUCAGCCUCAAGAUUCAGGAGGAAAAAAAGAAAACGCUCCAGGAAAGAUAAAUUGAACAAUGGAGAGGCAUCUCAUAGUGAACACUCACCAAAUGAAAUCCAGUGGAAGGAACUCACUCAGUAUUUUGGAGUCAAUGAAAGGUUUGACCCCCCUGUAAAAAAGAAAAAAAUUGAGAAGUCAGGUCUUGAAAAGAGCAUAGACCAGGCUGUGGAAGAGUGGAAUAUUGAGAAAGCUGAGGAACUCAGCAACCAGCUAGCUACUCGAGAGCUUGGUGUAAAAAUUGCCAAAGCUGUUGCCUGCCAUAAUUUUGUAAAAGCCAAGAAGGCUGCUGAAAAUUCACAGGUUGUUCGGAAAAAGAAGAAACUUGCAUGGGGGUUUGAAGCAAAGAAGAGAUGGGAAACCAAAAGCAACAUGGGAUAUAUGUAACUUGCCAGGGCUCUUCAAGACAUUUUCUAGACCUAAGUGCUAAAU